AUGUGUGCUGACUCCUGCAUGGUGCUGACCCGGGUGCCAGCCUUGCUUUUCUGGGAAGAGCGGCGGCAGGACUGGAGGGAGCUAAUGACGGACAGGCUGAUGGGAGAAGGCAGGUUUAACAUCCAAUCAGCCUUCCUCCGGGAUGUUGGCCUGACACUUUCUGCGGCGCAUGCACCUAGUCGUUUCCGGGGCUUCCUGUGCCAGCUUCGGGCGCCAGGAUCUGGCAACGGAAGUGUGAUCGCGCGGGUGGCGGGGCUAUCCCUGGCGAGGACACUGACGUCGGCUGCCUUGCCUGGAGGAGGAGUCCGGGACUCGGGCUGGGGCUGGUACCCCGAGGAGGAGGCCUCUAAGGUGCACCCUACUUGGAACUGCCUGGAGAAGUCAAGGUUUCGCAGCAGCCCCUCACUUCCCACCUCAGGCAGCACGCAGGGCCUUGUGCUCACCAGCGAUCCCACCUGUGGUGCCCUCCUCAGAGGUCCUGGUAAGUCCCGGCCCUCCCAGAGCGGCUCCCCUCCGUCGCCGGAGGAGGUGCAGCGGAGCAAGGAGGAGGCGGCUUUGGAAGCCACUCAGGACUCACCUCACAUCAAUUCUGAGUCCCAUGAUCCCCAGGCUAAGGGGAUGUCAAAGGAGGAAGGGGUGCCAAAUGCAUGGCGGUUGUCAUCCCUGAGCCGUGGCUCCAAGAAGACUCUUCUGCCAAGCAGAUACGAACAGGGGCCUGAGAAACUAAGAGCCCACCCCUCUUCGCAGGUCUCGGCCCUUUCCCAGGAAGAGAGAACCAGAGAGCAGCACAUGGCCUCAGCCCUUCUCACUGCCUGGUCUCAGAUGCCGGUGACCUUUGAGGAUCUGGCUUUGUACCUUUCUCGGGAAGAGUGUGGCCGCUUGGACACCACACAGCAGUGCCUCUGUAAAGACAACCUAAAGAAGAGGAAGGGGCUUGAGUUGGGAUUUCCCUUCAACAAGCCUUGCGUGGCCUCUCAAAUGCCAAAGGUUGAGGCUUCCGACCGGCAGACAGGAGAUGAAGAGGAGGAAAAGGUGGCUGUCUGCAUGGAAUCUGUGGAGUUGGGGAAGGAGGUCCCAGCCUUGACUGCCCCCAAGGACAUGAAGCCUUUCAGAACCAGGGAGUCCAGAGUCUUGGAGGGCACCUUGCAGUGUGAGCAGCCAGCUGCCAGCAGCCAGCAAUCAGGACAGACCAAGGACAACAAGCUUCCCAAGCCUUUGGAGCAGGGACCGCUGAUGCCAGCCACUAGCCUCCGAAAGACCCAGAAGGACUGUGUCUCUGAGAAGUUCUCAGAAGAGAAGCAUGCACCUGCAGCUGCCACCACCAAGAAUAGUGUGGCUGUGGAGAACCCCACAGACACAGGCUUGAGCAGUGAACAGGCCCAGGCUGGUGAGGGCAGUGGCCCAAAGAAGACACACAAGUGCGAGCAGUGUGGGAAGGGCUUCAGCCAUCGUUCCAACCUUAAUGCCCAUCGGCGCAUCCAUACAGGUGAGAAGCCCUAUGGCUGCCCUGAAUGUGGCAAGUGUUUCAACCACAGCUCGCACCUCACGACCCACCAGCGCACCCACCGUGGUGUCCGGCCCUACUCCUGCCUCCUGUGUGGCAAGAGCUUCACCCGCCACUCAACACUCAUUCAGCACCAGCGGAUCCACACAGGUGAGAAGCCCUACUCUUGUGACCACUGUUCAAAAUGCUUCACCCGCCGCUCAGAUCUGGUCACCCAUCAGAGUACCCACACUGGCAUCAAGCCCCACAAGUGCUCCUUCUGUAGCAAGUGCUUCACGCAGAGCUCAGCCCUGGUCACCCACCAGCGUAUGCACACUGGUGACAUGCCCUACCCGUGCCCUGAGUGUGGUAAAGGCUUCAGCCACCGCUCCAUCCUCAUCGCCCACAAUCGUAUCCACACGGGCGAGAAGCCCUACCAUUGCCUGGACUGUGGCAAGAACUUCAACCACAGCUCACAUCUCACUGCCCACCAGCGCAUCCACCGCGGUGUCCGGCCCUACUCUUGCUCUGUGUGUGGCAAGAGCUUUAGUCGCCGCUCCAACCUUCACCGCCAUGAGAAGAUUCACACCACAGGGCCCAAGGCCCUGGCCAUGCCAUUGGUGGCGUCAGAAGAGGUCCUGGCCACACCCCCAGCCACGCCAAUCAAGGAGGCUGGGAGAAGGCGUCAGGGCUCCAAGGAGGAGCAAGGGCAGCAACCAAGGGAGCGAGGAAGGCGGAAGAAGGCAAUCAAGGAAGAGGCUGGCAUAGAGGUGUGCGUGGUAAAGUGUGAGGAGUCGGAGCCCGAGGAGCCAGCCUCCGUGGAUUCUCCCCGUUCAUUGGCCCUAGCACUCUACCGCCUGGUGGCUCGGGUCGUUGCUGUGGCGCACCAGUUAACGCAGCUUUUCGACGAGCCCCGCUGGUCUCUGGCGCCGGAACUGUGUAUCCGGGAGGCGGGGCCUGGGCGCCAAGCUGCCAGGCUCCAGGAACGGCUUGGGCAAUCUGUGCUGGAUCCAGUGUUCUUCUCCGCAGAAAUUGAAGGGUGCACCCGGCUGGGAAGUGCCGGGGAAUUCGGCUCACUCAUCGUUCCCUUGGUCUCUGUGCAGACCCUUCGAGCGCGCCUUGCUGCUCGUCCGCUGCCUCCUUAG